CAUAUUUGAACUCUCUAUGUGUCUGUAUGCAGUGAUGGAAAGUAUUUAAGUGGUUUAUCUUUAAUUCUUUACGUUACACUAUACUUCUCUUCUACAUUUCAGGGGAAGUAUUGCACUUUUUUAUUGCUGUAAAACAAAAUAUAAAUUUAUAGAAUAUAAGGCAUUUUCAUAUUAUUAAACUAUCAGAUAGCAUUGUUCAAAUUAGCUCUAACUCGACCAACUACAUUCAAUAAUAUGACAAAUACAACUCUUAAAAGGCCAUUUUGCGCAUUGAGUAUUUUAAUGAUACUUUUAGUAUAUUUUGCUGUUAAUGCUUUUAGUUAAAAUUCAAAUGCAGGAGUUUGAACCGUAACCAAAUAUUUUUACAAUUUUACAACUAUCCUUGUCUUCAUCUGAAUCCUCUUCCAUUGUCUGAACCAUAGACUGUAUAUGAAGUUUAUAUACUUUAUAUACAAUCUAUGGUCUGAACUCAUGUAACUACAGCCUCAACUUUUAUUUUGAAAGUUUUUGUAAAAACACUGCUUGUAGGGCGUGGAUCUUAUUGGCUCAUGACUGAAGAACUUCAAGCUAAGUCCCGCCUUCCCUCGGCGUCUAAGCCAAUGAAUUGUCGCUAAACAAUGUAUGAGGAAGAGAGUGUAUCUUGUACAUGGAUGUAUUAUAAGGAACGUAAUCAACGUCUGAAUUUACCAUUCAUAAAAGCAGGAUGGCGAGCCAGGUCACUAAGGAUAUCACCUAUGAGGAACUGAAAGAUCUUCUGGGAAAAAGUCAGAAUCUCCUUCUGGUUGAUGUUCGGAGUAAAGGAGAAGUGGAUAAUGGACGAAUUCCAGGAUCCAUUCACAUCCCAGUUGAAACGGUAGAGGCUGCUUUUGGACUGGAAGCAGAAGAGUUCAAAGCCAAGUACGGAGUAACCAAGCCACCGGUGGACACGCCAGAGCUGGUGUUUCACUGCCAGAUAGGAAAGCGAGGCCAAACUGCCACGAACACAGCUAACAUGCUUGGAUAUGUGAACGCACGUAACUACACUGGAGGAUUCAAGGAGUGGUCUGAGAAAGAGGGAAAGUGAUUCACGUUGAAAGAAAGCCUUUUAUAUAUUUAUACAAAUAGCAGCUGUGGAAGCUAGACAGACAGAAUAUUUUUAUACUGUUUUGUUUUCAUACUCUACAUCACUGUAUUUAUAAUAUAUCAAUAAAUACAAAUAAAAUAAGUCAUGUUAUCUACACAGAUAUACAUGUAUUUGUGGGGAUCAUUUUUAGAGAGCUGAAUAUCCCGACAUGAAUAAACUGGAGAGACUAAAUUUUCUGCAUGACGAAAACAUGACAGUGGUCAGAGAUCAAAUGUUUUACAGAUGGUGUACUGUAGCAAAAAGUCAGCUGAGGAAAACUGUGAGAUGUGGCUGAAAGCUCAGGAAAAAGCUUGUAAGUGGAAGAUUAUGUCUUCAGUUGUUUUUGUAAAUUUGGUGCAAUUUAAGGACAACAAUUAAUUCUAUAAUUAAACAUGUAUAAUAUAGUACAGAUUCGGUACACUUACAUAUUUUUUACCAUAAUAUCGUGGAAAAAAAUAUUCAAAUACAUGUGAUUGAAUAGCAUAAAGCAGUAAGGCACUUACUGUUCAUUACUUAUUAGGGUGGGGAGGAGAGGAGAGGAGCUUUACCUUUAAAUGUUUUUUAAUUCUUUAUUUUAAAUACCCAUAGGUUCCUAAACAAGAAAUGAGGUCACACUCCAACUCUGAUUAAUAAAAUACACUCCCUAAAUGUG